ACCUGCCCCUUUAUACGUGUCGGACACUUCCCUUUUUUUAUUUAUCGUCUCAUUAAGUUCACUAUUUCUUCGUCUGUAUGGUUGUAUUUGUGUAGAGGCUCGACAAUUAAGACCUUAAGUUCACUAUUUCUUCGUCUGUAUGGUUGUAUUUGUGUAGAGGCUCGACAAUUGGCAGCAAAUAUUGACUACAUUUGUGUCGUCAGGGAUGCAUUGCCACGAGGAACAUCACCCCCUGGUGUCGGUCGUGUUCAUUACAUCCUCCACACAAGGCAGAGUUUUCAACCGGAAGUAGAAGUGCCACUCAGUCUUCGAGCCAUCCGUAGCGUUUCUACUCGUCUUCAUUCAUCACUCCAAGCAACGUUUACUGAGCUUUCAACCGGACGUAGAAGUGCCGAUCAGUCUUCGAGCCGUCCGUAGCGUUUCUACUUGUAUGGAUUCUUUAUUCAUCACUGAAAGCAACAUUGACUGAGCUUUGAACCGGACGUAGAAGUGUCAUUCUGUCUUCUAGCCAUCCAUAGCGUUUCUACUCGUCUUCAUUCAUCACUCCAAGCAACGUUUACUGAGCUUUGAACCGGACGUAGAAGUGUCAUUCUGUCUUCUAGCCAUCCAUAGCGUUUCUACUCGUCUUCAUUCAUCACUCCAAGCAACGUUUACUGAGCUUUCAACCGGACGUAGAAGUGCUGAUCAGUCUUCGAGCCGUCCGUAGCGUUUCUACUUGUAUGGAUUCUUUAUUCAUCACUGAAAGCAACAUUGCCAUCCAUAGCGUUUCUACUCGUCUUCAUUCAUCACUCCAAGCAACGUUUACUGAGCUUUCAACCGGACGUAGAAGUGCCGAUCAGUCUUCGAGCCGUCCGUAGCGUUUCUACUUGUAUGGAUUCUUUAUUCAUCACUGAAAGCAACAUUGUAAAACUCCUUGAGAGGCUGAACGGGACCUGAGUGAAGAUCUGACGCCUAGGUCGCGCACGCGCACGCGCACGCACACCUGGCCAGGAGGAGGAGACAGCUCCACACUGAAGCCGGGUGUUUCCAUGGUGACCGUGGACUUCAGCGGGUCACCUGAAAGACUUUGACCCGCUUGUCUUCUGUUCAGACGACUGGAGAACAGAGGUCACGUGUCAACGGUCUUAACGGCCGCAUCCUCCUCCCAUCUCCAUCUCUGGCUCCGCCCACCGGGCAAUGACGCUGGUGUGUGGCGAGAGCGUUGAAGCACACAGUCCAACCGUCGUAUCCUCCAAGUCCGGCAGGACGUGCACAGAAGAAGAAGGACAAGAUGGAGACGCUGGUGUGCACGUUGCUCCUGGUUCUGCAGGCGGUCGCAGCAGGCCCGCUGAGGGUGGACGACAGCCAAGAUGGUGGCGGCGUGGACGCCAUCAGCCACCCGCUGGCGCUGGUGCAGCGUCUGGAGGCGCUCCUUCUUCAGGGCAACGGCAGCGACGUGACUCUGCGAGUAGCGACGCCCGACGCCGACGAGGUCAAGCUGAUCCCGGCCCACGCCUUGGUUCUGUCCCUGCAGAGUCCCGUCUUCGAGGAGCUGCUGCUGGGCCGAAACGGCAGCACCUUGACGCUGGGGGAGAACGCCGACUGCACCGCCGUCUUCGACAAGUUCAUCAGGUACCUCUACUGCGGAGACGUCUCGCUGCGUUUGAACCAGGCCACGCCCCUGCACCAGCUGGCCAGCAAGUACCAGGUGGCGGCGCUGCGGCAGGGCCUCACACGCUACAUGACCCAAAACCUGGCCAGGGACUCGCCCUCGGGCCACGUGGCGGGGUGGUACGAGUACGCCGUGCAGGCGGGCGACGCUGUUCUGAGUGACAGCUGUCUGCGGUACUUGGCCUGGAACCUGUCGUCGGUCAUGCAGAGCGCAGAGUGGGCGGGGCUUAGUAGCCAGCUGCUCAUGUCGCUGCUUCAGCGUUCGGACCUGGUCCUGCACAGCGAGAUGGAGCUCUUUGCCGCGUUGGAGGCCUGGAUCGCCCACAACCGCCCCGACGGCCUGACGGUGGAGAACGCACUGAGAGCCGUGCGCUACGCCAUGAUGCCGCCGCGGGAGCUCUUCCGCCUGCAGACCCAGUCGGCGGUUCUGGCCCGCUACCAGGAGUCGGUGCGAGACCUGCUCUACAUGUCCUACCAGUUCCACUCCGCCUCGCCGGUGCACAUGGCCAAGUUCUUCGAUGUCAACUGCAGCCUCUUCGUGCCGAGGAACUACCUGGCACCGCUCUGGGGGUCCUCCUGGGUCAUCAACAACCCGACCCGAGACGACCGCAGUACCAGCUUCCAGACGCAGCUGGGGCCCAGCGGCCACGACGCCGCCAAGCGAGUCACCUGGAACGUCCUGUUCUCCCCGCGCUGGCUGCCGCUCAGCAUGAGGCCCAUGUACUCAGAAACGGGCGCCAUGCAGCCCACGCGGGCGGAGGGGGGGUGGCCCCGCAUCAUCAUAACGCCCGCCACGUCCAGCGCCGACUUUGCCGGCGUCAGCUUCCAGAAGACGGUCCUGGUUCUGGCCCAGCAGCAGGGCCGGCUGCUGGUCAAACACGUGUACAACUUCCAUCAGAGCACCGAGGAGAACGGCGACUUCCUGGCCGAGGCCGACCUCUACCGCCGCUCCUCGGACUACCUGCUGGACGGCUCCCUGCUGCUCCACGUGGUGGUCAAGCCUCUGUACCAGAACCUCAUUGCCACCAAGAACUGAACCCACGCUCCCAGAACCGGAACAUUUGGCCCUUUGCCAACUUCAAUUGACACCCGAGUGGAGGCACCACCUGCUGGUCUGGCAGGGGAACUACACCAAAAACAGCUGGCCUUUGAUGUCUGCCACCUACCAAUCAGAGGCCGCGACCAUAUUUGGACAAGGAAGUGAAGAAGAAAACAUUGGAUUGAUGAUCAGGAAAUGUGCAAAGAAGACUUCCGGGCUAGCAGGUUUUGGGUCUAAAUGUGUCAUCAGGAUGGUUCUGGUUGUGUAUUGAUCACAUGAUGGUGCUAUUUUAUUAUUAUUUUAUCAUUAUUUGAUUAUUACUGUAUUAUUAUUUAUUUACUUUCACUUUCUAGCCGUCUUGUCUGUGCUGCCUUCACUUCUCCUCA